AAAAAGAAUAUCCUAAGCGGCACUCCGACGGAGUGGGAAAAAAACAGUAGGAAACUUCACCUGCUUUUUAGCGCGUGGAAACCACCUUCCUCUUGCAGGUUCGACGUUUCUUCUGCACGCAUCCCUGAUCCCCAGUCAUAUCACUCCGCUCAAACGAAUUAAAAAACGGAAACUUCUUUAAAUACCCUUUAUUUCGCUUUUAACUGAAACCAAAAAAAAAAAAAAUUCCCAAAUUCAUAAACUUUCUUAAUUUCAGAUCUUAUUUAGUCGAAACUCAACUCUCCAGCAAGUUUUCAGACACACCCACUUGAAUUUUUCGACGACCCAGAUCGAGAUUCGUUAUUACGGCAAAUUGGUGCUGGUUAUGCGAAGAAAUGUUGGGUUAACUUGAGUCUAACAUGGGUUUUGAGGUACGCAUUUGGAGAAAGUGUGGUUUUGUAUUGAAGUUGAUUAAUUUGUUUGACGGGACUUGAAAAGCUUUUGGUUUGUUGUUCUAGAGGUGAGUUUCUUUCAUUUUUUGGGGGGGUUAAACUGUGAAAAAAAACCAUGUUUUGGAGGGAACGUGAGAAAGAGAACAAUAACAAAGAGCAGAAUGGAGGGCCUUCUUGUGGGCAAGUUCGAGUUCUUGUUGUUGGUGAUUCAGGUGUGGGGAAAACUUCUCUUGUACAUCUGAUUCUCAAUGGUUCUUCUGUUGCUCGGCGUCCCCAAACAAUUGGAUGUACAGUUGGUGUGAAGGUAGUACACAUACUUCAGCAAUGUUUUGAACUCAACAGUUACUGCUGGAGAUCAAAUCUUCUUAAAGUGUUUUUUCCUUAUUAUUUAUUUUUUUCUUUUAUGCAGCACAUUACAUAUGGAAAUACUGGUGGCUCUUCAAAUAGCAUCAAAGGUGAUUAUGAGAGAGAUUUCUUCAUCGAACUUUGGGAUGUAUCAGGACAUGAGAGAUACAAAGAUUGUCGGUCGCUUUUCUACUCACAAAUUAAUGGUGUAAUUUUUGUUCAUGAUCUCUCUCAGAGAAGAACGAAAACAAGCUUGCAGAAGUGGGCAGCUGAGAUUGCUGCCACUGGGUCAUUUUCAGCUCCUUUAGGUUCUGGAGGUCCUGGUGGUCUUCCUGUACCAUAUAUUGUUAUUGGUAACAAAGCAGAUAUUGCUCCAAAAGAAGGUACAGGAGGAAGCAGUGGCAAUUUUGUUGAUGUAGCUCGUCAUUGGGUUGAGAAGCAGGGUUUACUCUCAUCUAGUGAGGAACUUCCUCUGACUGAAAGUUUCCCUGGUAGUGGAAGCCUUCUCUCGGCGGCCAAAGGAGCAAGAUAUGACAGGGAAGCUUUGUUGAAAUUUUUUCGCACGUUGAUCAGAAGAAGAUAUUUUUCAGAUGACUUACCAGCAUCAAAUUCGUGGUUCAUUUUGCCUGUUCAUAGAUCUGUUCAAAGAUUUGAUGAAAAUUUCAGCAAUGAGGAAAAGUCUUACACCACUGAAAGGUACAAUAUGGUUCCUCCUCUUCCAGCGCAGCACAAUCUCACACCGCCUCCAACUCUUUAUCCUCAGCAGCCAGUUUUGGUGCUUGAGAAUUAUAGCCUCCCAAGAUUUUCCCUGAGCAGUUCACAGGAAAUCAGUAGCACUGCUCGAUCAAAAUGCACAGAUAUCAAUGUCUAAUUGUGUUGGCCUACAAAGAGUGAGAUUUACCGGCAGGUACUUCAUGUUUCUUUAUGUAUGAUUCAUUUUGCCUUAUUUUUUUGCUCAUAAAAAGCCGGUUCAUCGAUUCUUUUAUGUCUCUACAGCCUAUUCAUAAUGUAUAAAUGAUCUUUGCGAUUGAUUCUUUUUAAUUAACCUUUUCCUGUUUUCUAAUGGCC